UUUUUUUUCUUUCAGGUAAAUCUUAAAUUGAGAGAGAUAACAGAGAAAGAAAUGAAGUUAAAACAGCAGUUACUGGAAAGUCCAGCUCACCAGAAGUCUCCCUCCAAGUGGUACUGGAAGCUGGUGCCCGUCCGCUACCGACGGGAGCACCUCCCCAGUAGGCAGCUACCCCACUUCCCGUUGCUGGAGGACCUGAUGAAGGGCGGCAGCAACGGCGCCGCCAUCUUGGCGGUGAUUCACUAUUACUGCCCAGAGCAGAUGAAGCUGGAUGAUAUAUGCUUGAAGGAGGUGCCGACGAUGGCGGACAGUCUGUACAACAUUCGGCUUCUGAGAGAAUUCUCAAAUGAGUACCUGAACAAGUGCUUCUACCUGACCCUGGAGGACAUGCUGUACGCCCCCCUGGUGCUGAAGCCGAAUGUCAUGGUCUUCAUCGCUGAGCUCUUCUGGUGGGUUGAGAACGUCAAGCCAGACUUUGUUCAGCCCAGGGACACUCAGGAGCUGAAAGACGCUAAGGCGGUGUUCCAUCACAGAGGCAGCCGGCCCCCCGUCCCCAUCUCCAAUGCCACCAAGCGUAGCUUCAUGGCCAGCCCGGCCCCCGUGAGCCCAGCAGACCUGCAGCCGCCCAUGGAGGCCUGUGCCCGGUACCACCUGCACCCAGAGGAGUCUGAGUGUCUGGGGAAGGGGACUUGCACCUUCAGUCCGUCACACCCGUUGCUGCCGCUGAGGCAGAAACAGCAGAAGACACUGCAGGGGGAGGACGGCCCCGAUCAGCGACCCCGGUCGAACUCCCUCACCCGAGCCGAUGGCCAGCCACGCGGUGCAGCGGUAGCAUGGUCAGAAAAGAGAGCCAGGCCUGUGUCCCAGCCCACCCCCUUUGCUGUUCAUCACUCUGCGAGCUGUGACAUGGACCCGGGCUCCAGUGACAGCAUCAGCUUGGCUCGCUCCAUCAGCAAAGACAGUCUGGCGUCCAACGUCGUCAGCCUCACCCCCCAGAAUCAGCCGCACCCCGCGGCCACAAAGAGCAGUGGGAAGGACCUGCUAAGCAACGUCAGCAUGGAGGGUGGUGACGAGGAGCUGGUGGCCAUCAUUGGGGCUGACGCCCCAGGGCCGGGGGCCGCCCCUCUUGCCUCGCCCUGGGCCCCGGGCCUGCCAGCCGCCAGGGCCUCCCAAAGGCCGGUAGGCUCCUCCGGGCGGACGCCUGAGGGGUUUUACUUGGAGCCACUGAUGCCGGCGGUGCUGAGGCCGGCCAAAGAGAAGCAGGCUAUCAGCAAGGAAGAGGAGCGCGGCGAGGGGCGGCCUAGGGCCCUGACUGCUAAGCGCUUGGGUGAGGCACACCAGUCCCUGGGACGAAGGACAGGGACCAGCAGCCACGGCAGCUGCGACCUGGACCGGACCUUCACCCCGAUUUCCUGUGCGGAGUGCCCAGUGGGCAUGGAUCCCACACCCCCAGAGGUGGGACUGCCCUUGGCAGACGCCGCGGGAGACACGUGCGGCCGGCCCCCGCCUGGCGGCAAUUUCCAUCUGUCAUCUCAGGGACUGUCUGCCGAGGGCUUCUUUCUCCACGUGGCCAGAGCCGCAGAGGACCCCGAGGGACGACUUAGUAUGAGUGGCUCGCACGACUCAGAGACGUGGCCCUUCCUGAGGCAGGACUCCGAUUCUGACGCGGCUGACGUGGAGGACGCCCAGCACGACCUGACAGCCGAGGACCACCCCAUCGCCUUCUCGAGGUACGCCGGUGAGGAGGAGUCGGCCAAGCUUCAGGAGGACCUGAAGGUGAGGGAGCACGAGGACAAGGACGAUGCCAGCGGCCGCUCGAGCCCCUGCCUGAGCACCGUCUCCCAGCUCAGCAGCGUCUCCGUGGCCAGUGGGAGCGUGAAGAUGACCAGCUUCGCAGAGAGGAAGCUGCAGAGGCUCAACGGCUACGAGACCAGGUCCAGCACCAGCAGCUCCCAGCAGACCACCCCUGACGCGUCCGAGAGCUGCCCGGCACCGCUCACCACCUGGAAGCAGAAGAGAGAACAGAGCCCGAGCGGCCAGGGCCGCGACCACGCCAGCCUGCUGGCCUCUGAGCUGGCCCAGCUGCACAUGCAGCUGGAGGAGAAGCGCCGGGCCAUCGAGGCCCAGAAGAAGAAGAUGGAGGCGCUGUCUGCCAGGCAGCGCCUAAAGCUCGGCCAGGCGGCCUUCCUGCACGUGGUGAAGAAGGGCAAAGCGGACGGCGUCCCACAGCCGCUCCGAGCGGAGCACUCCCAGCACAACGGGGACGCCUUGGACGACAGCGUGUGCAAGCUGGAGGAACCGCCCAACAGAGAGCAGAAGGAGGAGCUGCCCCGGGACCGUCCGGCUGUGGAGAGAGAGAAGCUGGCGCUCGGUCAGCAGCCCCAGCUGAGAGAGCUCGAGAAGAGCCCGGGGCUCCCUGCCGCCCUGCUGGCGGACGGCGUGGCUGAGGCGCUGGCCGUGAGCGAGUGCGACGUCUCCAUCGAGAAGCUGAGCGAGACCAUCAGCACCCUGCAGCAGGCCAUCCUGCACAUCUCCCAGCAGCAGGAGCAGCUCCUCGUCAAGUCCCCCGCGGGGCCUGCGCCUGCAGCCAAGAACGGCUCCCAGGAGCACAGAGGGAAGGCCGCUGUCCUGUUUGUCGAGCCGCUGUCUCCAACGGGGAUGCCCGGCCACCGCAAACCCCCUAGGCUCCUUGGCCAGGGUCGGAGCUCCCGCCCAGGGCGUCCCGCCGAGCUGAAGGUCCCCAAGGAGAGGCAGCAGGGCUCUUCCCGGAGCAAAACCCCAACCCCGAGCACAGAGAGCCCCCCGCCCCCGAGGCAGGUCCCCCUCCACGGCCUCGCGGGGACCCCCCCUGAGCCAGGCCUGGAGAGCGCCGUGGACCCUGGGAGUGACCCCCGUGGCAAGCUGUUCUUUGACAGGUACAGGCUCCACGACGGGAGCAACCAGCGGACGCCUGCGCUGCCCUCCUGCAGGGACACCAACAUCCUGUCGGAGGCUCUGGAGAGGAGCGCGGACCUGGCGGGGCUGGGCCGCCCCGACACCGGGAAGGAGAGCAGCCCCGCGGGAGAGCCCCCGAGGGGCAAGGCCGGCCUCAUCGAGGUGGACCUCUCUGACCUGAAGGCGCCCGACGAGGACGGAGACGUGGAGACCCUCGACAGCUCGGGGGGCCUGGUCAGCGACGGCGACCAGAAGCCCGGCCUCGGGUUCUUCUUCAAGGACGAGCAGAAGGCAGAGGACGAGCUCGCAAAGAAGCGUGCGGCCUUCCUCCUGAAGCAGCAACGCAAGGCCGAUGAGGCCCGUGUGCGGAAGCGGCAGCUGGAGGCGGAGGUCGAGCUCAAGAGAGACGAAGCCCGGCGCAAGGCUGAGGAGGACCGGGUCCGGAAGGAGGAGGAGAAGGCACGCCGUGAGCUCAUCAAGCAGGAGUACCUGCGGCGGAAGCAGCAGCAGGUCCUGGAGGAGCAGGGCCUGGGGAGACUCAAGUCCAAGCCAAAAAAGCCACGGCCCAAGUCGGUCCACCGCGAGGAGGGGUGCAGCGACGCGGGCACCAAGAGCUCCUCGACACCUGACAAUCUGAGCUGUACCCAGUCUGGGUCCAGCCUGUCUUUGGCAUCGGCAGCAACCACAGAGCCAGAGAGCAUCCACUCGGGGGGCACCCCUUCCCAGCGAGUGGAGUCGCUGGAAGCACUGCCCACGCUGAGCCGGAACCCGAGCAGGAGCACAGACCGGGACUGGGAGACGGCAUCAGCGGCGUCCUCCCUGGCCUCAGUGGCCGAGUACACAGGCCCCCGGCUCUUCAGGGAACCCAGCAGCAAGUCGAACAAGCCGAUCAUCCACAACGCGAUCUCGCACUGCUGCCUGGCGGGGAAGGUGAACGAGCCCCACAAGAACUCCAUACUGGAGGAGCUGGACAAGUGCGAUGCCAACCACUACAUCAUCCUGUUUCGGGAUGCAGGCUGCCAGUUCCGGGCUCUCUACUGCUAUUACCCUGACACUGAGGAGAUUUACAAGUUAACCGGUACCGGCCCCAAGAGUGUCACAAAGAAGAUGAUCGACAAGCUGUACAAGUACAGCUCGGACCGGAAGCAGUUCAGCUUGAUCCCAGCCAAGACCAUGUCGGUCAGCGUGGACGCCCUCACCAUCCACAACCACCUGUGGCAGCCCAGGCGGCCGGCGGCACCAAAGAAGACACAGACUCGGAAAUGA